AUCAGCUGUGUCCAAUCACAGCUGAUCACAUGGCAGCCUCAGCAGUGCCACCUGUCAGUGUCCAUCAGUGCCUUAUGUCAGUGCUCAUCAGUGCCUCGUGCCAGUGCCCAUCAGUGCCACAUCAGUGCCACAUAUCAGUGCCUACUAGUGGACAUCAAUGCCACAUAUCAGUGCCCAUCUGAGCUGCCUUUCAGUGUCACCCAUCAGUGCCAGUCAGUUCCACCUAUUAAUGGCAAUCAGUGCCACCUAUCAGUGCUGCCAAUCAGUGCCACCAUCAGUGCCAGUCAGUGCUGCCUAUCAGUGCGCAUCAGUGCCGCCUAUCAGUGCCAGUCAGUGCCGCCUAAC